GGCUGCCUCUGUCCCCACGGCUGUCAGAGGCUGUGACAGCUGAAAAUAUCCUUUCACUCUUUAUCUGUGCGCUGAAUACAGUCUCCACCAUGUUUGAGGAGGCGAGUGAAGUGUUCGAUAACAUGUUUAAAUCUUCGUUUCCUCUCACCUUCAUCGUGUUUCUGCCCGCGGUGCUGAUCCUGGUGUCUCCGCUGCCGGCCGAGGCGGCGCAUGAGUUCACGGUGUACCGCAUGCAGCAGUACGACCUGCAGGGGCAGCCUUACGGUACCAGGAAUGCCAUCCUGAACACUGAGGCUCGUACUGUGGAGGCAGAGGUACUAAGUCGUCGCUGUGUUAUCAUGCGGCUGGCAGACUUCUCUUACGCCAAGUAUCAGAAAGCCCUGCGUCAGUCAGCGGGGGCUGUUGUCAUCAUCCUGCCCAAGAACAUGUCGGCUAUGCCCCAGGACAUAGUACAGCAGUUCAUGGAGCUGGAGCCAGAGAUGUUGGCUACUGAGACCAUCGUCCCCGUCUACUUUGCCAUGGAGGAUGAUGAGCUGCUGUCCAUCUACACUCAAACACUGACCUCCUCCUCCUCCCAGGGCUCCUUAUCAGCAGCUGAAGUCUUGCUACAUACAGCCACAGCUAAUGGCUUUCAGAUGGUCACCAGCGGAGCUCAGAGCAAAGCCGUCAAUGACUGGGCCAUCACCAGUCUAGAGGGUCGCCUGGCAGGAGUUGGAGGAGAGGAUUUGCCUACUAUUGUGGUGGUGGCUCACUACGACUCCUUUGGUGUUGCUCCAUGGUUGUCGUACGGAGCAGAUUCAAACGGCAGUGGAGUGUCCAUGUUACUAGAGCUGGCUCGUCUCUUCUCAAAACUCUACACGUACAAGAGGACGCACGCUGGGUACAACCUGCUGUUCUUUGUAUCUGGUGGGGGGAAGUUUAACUACCAGGGCACCAAACGUUGGCUAGAAGACAAUCUGGACCACACAGACUCCAGUCUGCUGCAGGACAACGUAGCCUUCGUGUUGUGUUUAGACACUUUGGGAAAUGGAGACUCAUUGCACCUCCAUGUUUCCAAACCUCCUAAAGAGGGAACUCCUCAGUAUUCUCUGCUCAAGGAGCUCGAGAUGGUGUCAUCGAGUCAGUACCCUGAGCUCAAGUUCUCCAUGACCCACAAAAAGAUCAACCUGGCCGACGACAUGCUGGCCUGGGAGCAUGAGCGCUUCGGGAUCCGCCGGCUGCCAGCCUUCACUCUGUCCCAUCUGCCAUCCCAUCGCCUGGCUCAGCGCUCCAGCAUCAUGGACGUGCGGUCAGUGUCCCCCUCCUCUCGCUAUGGAGUGGGAGAGCCCCCUGCUGGGCCUCACGUUGAUGUGAAGAAGCUUAGCAGGAACACCAAGGUGGUGGCAGAGGCUCUCGCCAGAGUCAUCUACAACCUCACAGAAAAGGGGGCUCCUGGAGACCUGCAGAUCUUCAGCGAACAAAUGCAGGUGCAGGAGGAGCAACUGUCAGCGGUGGUCGACUGGCUUACAGCACAGCCCCGAGCCGCCCAGCUGGUUGACAAAGACAGCAGCGUGGUGUCCACCCUGGAGUAUCACCUGGGACGCUACCUUAAGGAUGUCAAGAAACACUACGUCAAAGCAGACAAAAGGGAUCCAGAGUUUGUAUUUUACGACCAGCUCAAGCAGACGAUGAAUGCCUACAGAGUGAAGCCAGCUAUUUUUGACCUGCUGCUGGCUGUCUGCAUUGCAGCCUACUUAGGGGUGAUGUAUCUGGCGAUCCAGAACUUCGGACUCCUGUACAGCGUUGUCCGCAGAAUCACCCAACCCAAGACGAAGGCCCACUAAGCCUCACAACAAUUUUUUUUUUGUUCCCCCAGACCCUGCCCUUUUCCUCAAAUCCAGAAACUCUAGCCAGUAAGAACACAAGACGCCAGGCCAAGCUGCCGUUCUCGUGAUGGUUUUCAAAACCAGCAGAAUCAUUUCCAUUUCCUUCAUCCUGAACAACAAACUAUGAUGUCAGAUCCUGUCUUGCUGCCAACUUAAUCUAUUCGGUCUCACAGACCAGAAUAUUCAGGAAUCAUUUUUUGCUCUCCCUGUCCUCAUGAGUACACACGCCUCGUCAUUCAUUUAAAAUAAUCCCUCUACGUUGGAAAUAUUUAUUUAUUUGAUUGACGUUAAACGUUAGUUCACACCUCGGAUCCAGAUGAGAUGAAGUGAAAGGUUGUGAUGUUGCUGUACCACUGAUCACUCUUCAUUCCUCUCCUCGUUAUACUGUACGAGUGAUCGUUCUGCCAAAUUGACGUCAUGUGUUGUUUCGGGCAGCUAGAGGGAGACAGAGACCGCACAGAGUUUCGCCCAGAGUUUCUUUUUGUGCUCAUCACCAACCUUUUUGUCUUCUUUCAAGUCCGUCUUGAUUCAAUACUCCCUUAUGUAGGCUGAAAGAGUUUUAUUAUUGGUCUCUGCAAUCACUCUCCUUCUGCAUACUGGUCGUGUAGAGACCUGCAUCUAAUGUGAAGCCAGUGUAAGAGAAGGAGCACAUGUUUAAGCUAAUAAGAGGCUUCAGAAGUUUGAGUUAACCAACCCGAGUGUGUAUUUCUGUCAGUCUCCACUACGGCUGAUUAUUGUUCAUUUUCUAUUACUUCUUUUUUGUAGUCUGAGGUGACCUAUUCAAUUUACUAUCAUAGAAGUUUAACAAAAGCAGAAAAUAUUCACAUUCACGAGGCUGGAACAAUUUGUCUUUUUUUCCCCUUAAAAAAUUACUCAAAGCCAUUAAUCAAUCAUCAGAAUAGUUGGUGAUUAAUUAACUGUUGCAACUUCAAUUUCCACAACUAUUGGAUGGAUUGCCAUGAAAUUUGGGACACACUCAUGUCCCAGUCAGGAUGAAUUUUGACUUUCUCUCUUGCACCGACAUGAGAUCAAAGUUUCAGUUUGUCCAGUGCUUUGAUUGAAUAUGAAAAACAAGUUUUGUUAAUGAUAAAUUAUCACUUGUUAGCAUUUAGUUCAAAGCUCAGCUGUGCCCACGUAGACUGUUCAGUUUGUUUUUUCUAAGAGACUUUUAUACCAACAAGAGUAGAAGUUUGGCCUCUUACCUCCCUCUUUAUUUAACUCAGACUGCUGAAGCUUCAUAUUAGCUUCAGUUCAACUCAAGAAUGCUUCUUUUGCACCGAAAGACACUAAUAACUCUUUCAAUGUACAUAUGGGCAUGUGCGUAUUUUAUGAUACCGUACUUGGAAAAAUCUGUGAAAAUGACUCAACACAAAUAUCGUUUACGGAAAAGGCGACCUGUCCAGAUGAAAUGUGAAGUAGUGUUUUAGAUGAUCCUGAUAACAUUGCCUUGGUAGGACAAAAAUAUUCUUGCCAACAAUAAAUGUGUGCAUGAAUCUCCUCUUUUCUCCCCACUGAAUAUAGAUGUUUGUAGAAAUCUAACCCUGAAAUUUUUUCUAGACUCUGUUUGUUUCCUGUUGCUGUGUGACUUCAUGUGUCUUAUUUUUUACCACUCAGUCUUUCUUUUUCUUUUUUUUUUAACCCCUGUACUGCUAAGAAAGUCUUGAUGUUGAAUUACUGGCGGCAAAAGGUCACAUGCCACAAACGUGUUCUCUUGUCUAAUCAGAGCCCCUGUGUGUUUUUAGUGUGUAAGAUUACAACGCCAACACAUCACAAUGAGAUAAAACUCCCCCUUUACUCCUUUUUUAUCAGUCAAACCGUGCUGACUGUGGCAGAAAUGUGAUUUUCACUUAAUCUGAUUUUUUUUUUUUUUAAAGCCGUGACAAGAUUUUUGGUCAAGUCAGCACUGCAGGUUUUAUACAAUUAAUGUCUUAAAAUGAGCACGAACACAAAGGGGGAGGUGGUUAAAUCUGAAAAAGUAUCUUAAAACACACAAAUUCUUCAUUAGUUUGUGUAAAUUCAACGAUUCUGCAGUGAAGUCUUGACCUUUUCUCUGCCCUGGUCUUGCCUUGUUGUGGGUGAAUGGUGUUUAUUUGCUGUUUUUGUGUUUUCAGUGUUACUGCAUGACCUCUUCCCUCCCUUUUUUCUCAUGUCGCCAUGGUAACAAUGACAUUUUAUUUACCAACACAAGGGAACGAUCGUGUGGUACAUAUGAUUUUUUUUUUUUUUUAAUUUAUUGAAACCGUUUUGAUUUGUGCACUGAAAGUGAACUCUCCUCUCGUCUGAACUGUUUCACCUCAUCCACAACACUUGAUCUUUGCAAUGAAAAUGAUAUCAGUUGUGAUUAAAAAUAAAUAAAUAAAUGACAAAAAUAAAAUCGCACAUCUGGUCUGUUUUGUUUACUGACAUGUUUUAUUUUAUGGGAAAAAAUAAUAACAUUGGCUGAAUGGUAUUAAAAUUGUAUUACAAAAAGAGCAAGUAGUGUCUUUUAUCAAGUGGUCAGAUUUUAAAAAGUGGUAAAAUUUAAACAGUUUGGAGAGAAAAAAAAGAAAAA